GUGGAUUUGAUUGGCCACGUGAUUUGUGUUUUAAUUGGUCGAUUGUGUGCCGAUUUAGGGUUGAAUAUGCAUUCAUUACCCAAUGACAUUGAUCAGGUCCUUUGGCAACAAGCCCAGGUUAUGCAAGUACGCCAGUUGUUGCAGCGUCAGCCUCGACGGUUUCGACCGGAUCGAGUGCACGACGCGGCCGAGGGGCAAACCCCACAUCCGUAUGGGCCAAACCUUGUGAUUGGUCGGCACGACAAACUCUGCCGGCACGUCCUUGGACUUGUACACGGUACGGUACACUUUCCACGCGUCGGCGCGGCAUGCAAACGUUUGCCCCACUUUGUCCCACAGAAACCCGAGGCUUUCAAGCUCGUCGAGCUGCUCAAAGUUGAGCCGAUGCGACCGACUUCGGAUGUUGCGCACGGCGUCGUGCAGCUUCAUGCCCCACACUUCCCGAGGCCAUCGGUUGUCGUCCACUGGGACAUUGAAAUCAGGAGAAACGUCCAAGUUGCCAUACAAAUCUCGGUAUGUUUUCAACGCGAGCACUCGUUUCUGCCACGACUGGUCCCAUGCCGACCAGACAAACCCUAACUCGUCUAAUGCACGCCGCCGAGAGGUUGGGAGGGCGGCUUGGUGGAAGCGCAAGCCCUUGACGGCACUGCCAAGGGCCAGACCGGCGAAAGGGGCCGGCCAUUGCGGGUCGUUCGUCGGAACUUCAAACGAUGUCGGAACGUUCGUGUGGCCAUGCAAGUCGCGGUAGCGCUUGAGCGCGGCGAGCUUGUCGUUCCAUGUCAUCCGCACGCCGCGGUCGAACCCUAGCGCGGUCAAGUCCAUCUGCUGUGCCUCCGUCAGCGCAUUCUUCUUCCACGCGAUGCGCAACCGAUUCACGAUUCGACCCAACUUGACCCCCUUUGUUUCUGCAGGCCACACAUUGCUGUGAUCUGCGUCGACGACGAACGCCUGGGGCACUUGGACAUGUCCAUGUUGCUCGCUGAACGCUUUCAACGCCGCCAACGUCGUGUCCCAUGACAAGCGUUUUGGUGCCGUCGACAGGUACCUCGCUGUGUCCCACGCAGCCCAUGGCAGGAGCCUCCUCGGCGACGACCAUCCCAACCGAUGCAUCAUCAUCGCAAUUCACAGUAUAAAACGCCAUUCUCGACUAUGAUUGGCUGUUGCCUCCGCACGCUGAUUGGCUGUUUUUAUCGCAAUCACAGAUCUGACGCCAACUUCAUGGCAGUCCAUCUCACGGGACUUGCCAUACCUCGCAGCAGGACCGCCAUGGAACCAAGCAUGAAGCGCGGUGCUGACUCGAUGCAUGUCGACCAUGAAAUCAAGUUCGCAUCCGACGACGACGAUGACGACAAUUGGGUCAACGAAAUGGAACGCGAGCUGGACCUCCAAGUCGAGAAGAAGCCAAAGACAGCACGUGUUGCGAUUGACUUUCCCCACGACGUGUUGCUCACGUUGUUCACGUUCGUGACGGUGAGUGGCCGGGUAUGCAAGGCAUGGAGCGUUGCCGCCGUCGAAGUGGCUCGCGGAAAGGUGGAGAAGAGAUUGGAGCAUGUGUUUCAUCUGUACGCGUCCGACGACUACGCCGCCGGGACGUGUCGAUGGCUCGCCAUCGCCAUCGAAAGUCAACUCCACGCCCACCACAACGUGUGGAAGUACUCGCUGACCAAGCGAUACCGCGAACAAGCACGGAUGCUGCUGUUCAACUUGCGCGACUGCAAGAACGACAUGCUUCGCCUUCGAGUGCUUCGAGGGGACGUGUCUCCGUCGGCACUGGCGCGCUUGACGUCGAAGGACAUGGCGAAUCCCCAUCUCGUGGAGCAGCGCAAGGAAUGGAUCAAGGACCGCACGGCCCAAGUCACGCGGCAUGUGCGGCACUUGCAGGGGAUGCUCGAGACAGACAUGUUCACGUGUCCUUCGUGCGGAAGCAACAAGACCCAGCACUGCCAGGGACGGAGGAAGGCGCGGGCUGACCGCGUGUGCAUCGUCGUCAUGUGCUCGCGCUGUCCCCAUCGGUGGCAGGUCUAACUACUCGGUCGACAUGUAGUAUACUAGUUAAUAGUUCGUGGUAUGGAAUCGUAGUUACUAGUAGUAUGCUAAUGUUACUCGUAGUACGAGUAGUAGUUACUAGUACCAGCUGAAUUGAACGGAAGAGAAUGCUAGAUACUAGUAUAUGA